AUGCAUAUCGAGGUCCAUAGGGCUGGAAUAUCGACUUUGCCCGUCGAGAUUCUGGCAGAAAUAUUCUGGCACUGCGUCCCCGAUGCUGCUACAUUCCAGGAUCCCGUACUAUGGACGCAUCAGGCGCACCCUCUCAAUGCGCCCAUCCUCCUUACUCGCGUGUCCCGAUAUUGGCGAGAAAUUGCCCUCAAUACUCCUUCGCUCUGGUCCUCGCUCUCGUUGGCUGAUGGUGCCUGUGGCGGCAUCAGGGUCGUCGAUGCUUACUUGAGCGCUCUCAAGACCUGGCUCUCUCUAUCACAGUCACUUCCUCUCCGAAUCAAGCUGGACGCGGAAAAUCAUUAUUCAAUCAUGAUUACCUAUCUCUCGCUGUUAUGCGAUGAGGCCGAUCGCUGGAAUGAAGUAUAUCUCGAGUCCUGUCAUCCAACGCACUUCCAAACAAGUCAUAAAAGCUCAUUCCCGAUACUCACCUCGCUUUCGUUGAAACUCACCUCGACAGACUACGGACACACCCAGUUUCCCGUAUUUUUUGACGCUCUGUCAUCUGCUCCCAACCUCCGCCGCGUUGACAUCACUUUUCACUCAAUGGCCGGCUUACCUCUGCCAUGGUCAGCCCUCACGGAAUACGCGUUCCGCUGCACGCAUCACUACCUGCCAAUCCUCGAUUUACCUCAAUUUGUGGUCGAGAUGCGGAAAUGUCACAGUUUGACCAAGGCACUCUUCGAGAUCACGGAAGGCGUUUCCAGUUGCUGGAUCAAGGUUGCCCUCGAUGGCGAUAUGAAUGACAAUCUUCGUCGUGCCACUCUCCCUCGACUGCUUCAUCUCACUAUAUCCACCGACGACACCAACGUCUUGGACGCCCUGUUCGAUUCUCUCAGCGCACCGUCUCUAGAACAUAUCACCAUACAAAGUACAGAUCAAUAUGGGUCGCCAUGGGGGCAAUCAAACAAUCUCGCACUGAAAGGGUUCCUCGCUUCAUGUGCAGACUCCCUCACCUCCAUACAAGUCGAAAUCCCAGCAAACAUGAUCCCCGCGGGCCUUCUCAUCGAGGUCUUACGAGACCUUCCAAGUCUUUUGACAAUGUAUUUCAUAGGACCAGACGACUACCUCUACUGGUCCCAUGUCCUCGACGCUCUGGUCAGUCGGGGUCACCAAGGGACGAACCUGAGGCUCCGUAGCUUUGGCGUGCACAUCAACUCAUGGUUCAGGCAUAGGGAGCCUCGGCGCCAUCGCAGAAACGCCUACGAUCAUGUCGUGCACUCAUACCGUGGAAACAAACAUGACCCUGACGAUCAAAAACUCUUCUUCGACAGCCUGAAAGCCAUGGUCGAAUCACGCCUGCCGCCGAUUCAUGCUCUCGACGAGCAAUCAGGUUCGGCCUCUUACACUAGUUUAGCAGGGCACCUAGAGACAUUGAGGGUGUCUUCGAAGAUAUUUUCGGAUGCGGAGGGGUUAGCGUCAGAACCUUCUGCCAAUAUGUUGCAGUUAUGGAGCGCGGGAGGAUUGAGAUUGGAAAUCACGCCUUCCAGAGAAUGAGUAGAUAGUCAUUGGUCUUGGUAUCCGAACAAUCACUGAAAUUCUAUCAUUCUAUGUCAAUGCAUGAAAUGUUAUCAUGUCCCGAAAUUCACUAUGAGCUUCAUUGCGCGACAGAACCUCUCUUAUUCUAUAUUCG